UAGCAUCAAAACGAAGUUACGAUGAGAUGCAAAUUGAUACGACUGCCUUGAUUUGUGAUGCUCUUAUUCAACCAUUCGAUACCGUCCCAAAUGAAGCGGACGACCUUACGUCUCUUAUUGUUACACCACUUAUCCGAAAAUUGCCCGUAUCUUUCCAUGAAGAGAGAAAAUUUCCUCAAUUCGCUGAAUUUAUCCAAACAAGUGACGAGGAAUGUGGAAGUAAACUAGCAAAACACAUUUCCUGUCUACUUACUGACAUAUUUGAAAAGCAGAGCUUAGAUGAUACCACAGAAGAUAUGAUGCACUGGGGAAUAAAUAGUUUGAUUAGGGUACCGCUCCAGAUAUUUCGCGAAAGUCUUGGUGGAGGGGUGCUUCCCAUCGAAAUGGAUCGGAACAGCAAGGAUCAGGGGACAACAACAAUAGGCAAUAAGAGACCAGAUUUUCUAUGUUGGGCGAACGGUGUACUUCUAUUUAAGGGCGAAGAAAAAGCUGAGGCUGAUGAUUUUACAGUAGCUGUGGAUGAACUUAAAGAGAAAUUCAAUAAGUUUGAUCCUUUGUAUUUUGGAAACGUACAGUUCAUGGUAUGUUACGCUGUGGCGGGACCGCUUUUGGGUUUUUAUGCAAUCAACGGAUCGCCCAACGCAAAUGCGCUGAAUCGUUUGGUUCCACUUUCAAAUCGAUUGAAUAUCCGAAACAGCCGAGACCGCGUUUCCAUCCUUUGUAUGGUUGUUAAUAUUGCACGUAUAAUAAGGGCUGUGAGUAAUACAAUUCCAAGAACGAUUGUUCCCAUUGGGAAACGAUUGAAAUUGGCAAAAUCCACUAUUACAUUCUUUGAGGACUCAGUAGAGAAAAUGGUCCCGCCAGAACAUCUUCCGCAUGAGGGAGACGUGAAUGAUCGUGUUGCUUUCUUACAGAGAAUGUACAAUUGUGCAAAAGACCAUCCAGGUCUUAUCCAAGUAAAGGAAGGCGGAGGACCAAAGAUAAAGAACCGAGGGGUGUAUAGGGUUGUAUUUGAAACGCGAGGCCAGGACUUUCGAUUGAGGAGUGAAAACGAAGUGCGUGAAAUGGCACAUAGUGUGCUUACCGGCUUAACUUGGUUGCAUAAAAAUGGUUACGUUCAUCGUGACAUUCGGAUUUCAAAUAUUGUCUUUGUUCCUAACAUCAGAAAUUAUAGGUAUACUCUUAUCGAUUUUGAGCAUGGUAGUGCAGAUGGAUUAGAAGCAUCUGAACGUUUAAUGGAUUGGGAUGGUGCAACACUCACGAGUAAUAAUAAGUAUACAUCACAAUCUGACUU